AUGAAAAUUUCACCAUCGUUGGACUGGCAAGUCUUGAAUCGAAUCAAGUGCGAAUGCUCUUCCGAUUUUCUACAUCGCCCACUUUCUCCGGUAGGUGCCGCUAAAGCGGUAGGUAUAACUGUGUGGAAAAAUCAUGAUCAAGAGAACGAAGAGAGGCUACCAAGAGUCUGGGACUUAUUGGAGGAUAAAUUUGUCUACGAUCACUCUGUACGAGAUACCGUUUUCAUCACCCACCGGUGGGAUACUCACAACGGGGAGAUAGAACACGUCAAUAUAUCAUCAAAAGCAAAAGAUAUCAGCCAGGAGUCCAAAAAGCUUGAACGUAUUAAACGAGUGCUCGAAAAACAUUCGCGAUACGUGUGGAUAGAUACUAUCUGCAUUGACAAGACCAAUUUAUCUGAAUUAGACAGGACCAUUCGAUCCAUGUACAACUGGUACGCUGACUGUAAAGCUGUGGUGUUGGAUUCGGGAACCUUACUAAAAACUUGGCGGGAAAGAGGAUGGUGCUUACAAGAAGGAGCUGCAGCUGGAGUCUUGUAUGGCAUGUACAACGACGAGCUUGUAUCCAUCCAAGACUUAGCAUCUAAGCAGAAAAUGACACUUUGUCAGCUUGAUCUUAGUUUAUACUAUCGACCUGGAAAUGCUGCUGAAAUAUUGACAAGGAUGAAAAGGCGUAAAACAACACAGAUAGAGGAUAUGGCUUACGCCUUGACCGGUAUAUUUUCUAUACAUAUGACUUUGGCUUACGGCGAGCGACAAAAGGCACUUCAAAGGCUUUUAUACGAGCUAGCAAGCCAGAAAGGCGAUUUAUCAUGCUUAAGUUUUGCA